AUGUCGACCUCGACGGCCUGCGUGUUUGUUUUGCUCCUGUGCAUCCUGCCGAUGCACCUCACCGCGGCUUCGGAGUUCUCCUUCCUGGAGCAGGCCCGGGAAGACAUCAAUUGGCUGGUGUCCACUCGGCGGGCCCUACACCGCAUCCCCGAGCUCCUGUAUGACCUCCCCCUGACCAGCGCAGCGGUCAGGGGCUACCUGGACGAGCUGGGCAUCCCACACACGCCAGCGGCCGGGUCCGGGGUGGUGGGCAUGAUCGGCACCGGGGGCCCGCCCUUUGUGGCCCUGCGCGCCGACAUGGACGCCCUGCCCAUCAUCGAGGCCAGCGGGGUGGACUUUGCCUCGGAGCACCCAGGCGCCAUGCACGCCUGCGGCCACGACGCCCACAUGACGAUGCUGCUGGGCGCCGCCCGCCUGCUCAAGGCCGUCGAGCAUCGACUGCCAGGGACCGUGAGACUGGUCUUCCAGCCCGCCGAGGAGGGCGGCGCAGGCGGGGAGCGCAUGGUGCAGGAGGGUGUGUUCCAAGACGUCGGCGCGGCCUUCGGCUUCCACGUCUGGCCCUCCCUGCCUUCCGGCGGCGUGUACUCCCGCCCCGGCUUCUUCAUGGCGGGCGCCAUCCGCUUUGAGCUGGUCGUGCGCGGCCGCGGCGGCCACGCCGCCAUCCCCGAGCUCCUGGCCGACCCCGUCGUGGCCAGCGCGGCGAUCAUCACCGCGCUGCAGACGCUGGUGUCGCGCGAGACCUCGCCCUUUGACUCCGCGGUGCUCUCCAUCCCCAAGCUGGUGGCAGGGCGGGGCAGGGCACAGGCCCACAACGUGGUGCCAAACUCCGUCUUCCUGGGCGGCGUGGUGCGCGCCACCUCAGACGCCGCCAUGCAGCGCCUGCGGGCACGCGUGGCGGAGGUGGUCGCCGCCGUUGCCGCAGCGCAUGGCUGCGUUGCCGAGCUGGACUGGGCCGAGGACGCCACGCCUUACUACCCGCCCACCAUCAACGACCCGGCCCUCCACGCCUUUGCCGACGGCGUGGCGACGGGGCUGCUGGGCGCCGGCGCUGUGGGAGAGUACGAGGGCACCAUGGCCGCGGAGGACUUUUCCUUCAUCGCGCGCGCCGUGCCCGCCACCUUCAUGUUCCUGGGCAUCCGCAACGAGACCCUGGGCUCCGUGCAUGGCCUGCACACCGACCAGUUCAUGAUGGACGAGAGCGUGCUGCCCGUGGGAGCGGCGCUGCACGCCAGCCUGGCGCGGAAGUGGCUGGAAAGGGAGGCAGCGGCCACCGCCCCACCAGUGCAGGACGAGCUCUGA